AUUGACUGUGGACUGAAGCCGUCCUCCCAAGGAUCUUUCGAGCCGAAGCCAAACAGCCAAUGGCAACACCUGCCUGAGCCUGCCUCAUUCUCCCGUUGUUGCUGCUAAAGAGACCAUCAUACAGACUAUUAUAAAGUUCGACAACUUGCAAGCUAGUACACCAUGGCUCCUUCUUACAAGCUCCAUGCCCCCGAGGCGUCGUUCCGUGCAUUUCCAGCUCUGAUUGCGGCCGAGUACAACGAUGUGGAAAUGGAUAUCAGUACGGAUCUCAAGGCAGCCGCUCUGUCGCCCACGGGGAAACUGCCAUUGUUGGAGAUUACCAAGGGAUCUACUGUGACGCGGAUCUUUUCCAGCCAUGCCAUUGCCCGAUAUGUGGCGGGGAUCCGCCGUGAUACGGGAUUGUUGGGUAGCAGCAUCAGCGAACAAGCCGCCAUUGAUGCCUGGAUUGACUUUUCCGCACAAGAUCUAGAGCUACCGGCUUGUGUCUGGUUCUAUCCCGUUGCUGGCUACAUGCCGUUUUCGGCAGAUGCCUAUGAAAAGGCCAAGACAGACUUGGCAGCGUCCAUUGAUAUCCUGGAAAAACAUUUGGCCAAAACCAAAACAACCUACCUGGUCGGAAAUGACAUUACGCUAGCUGAUAUCGUCGUCGCUUCCACCCUUCUCUAUCCCUUCAAAUUGGUAUGCGAUAAGCAGUACCUGGGAAAGUUCAAUGCCGUCAAAGCAUGGUUCACAAAAUGCGUAGAUCAAGAUGAAUUCAAACAAGUCAUUGGACAAGUCACCAUGUGCAACAAGGAAGCCAAGGCUCCGGGUCAUGCAGCAGAACCAAAAAAGAAACAAUCCGCUCCUGCUCCGGCACCUGCUCCAGCACCUGCCCCGGCUCCAGCACCAGCUCCUGAACCAGUACAAGAAGAAGAAGAAGAAACCGAGCCGCGACGAUUGGUCGCCAUUGCGGUCAAGCCAUGCGCUGGAGUGGAUCCAGAAGGACUGUACAAGAAAAUCACCGAAACCAUCACGUCGCAACCAGAGUACAAAUUGAAGUGGGACGAAAAAUGCAAGGUCGAUAGCGGAAAAAUCUAUGCAUCCUUUACCAUUCACUUGGAAGCCGAUUUUGACGAAGAAGUCAUGGAAAUGAUUGAAAUGAUGGAGGACGAGGUAGCUGGGCAAGAAGUCACAUUUAUGAAUGCCAUGGAGUAGUAGAAACCACAACAACAACAACAAAACUACCUUCUCAAUGUAAAUGUACACUUUUUGGGUCCUCCCCUGGAUUAUUUGCUCCUGGAAUCAGCUUGAUAACAAAAAAUAGUAAGAUGGGUUGCCAGGCGUUGGCGUAUGGUGUGGUUUGUGUUGGGAUGUUAAUAAGGUUCUUGGCUUGUCUCCGACAAAU